AUGAGCACAUACACUGACGACGAAUGUGCUGCCGUGGGACUGCCAGCCGGAAGGAGUGGCGUGAUCAUCAAAUGGAACGUAGAGAAGGGCUCGAAUCUGUAUCUCGGCCAAGAAGUGUGCGUGUACAAAUACGAAGUUCUGAACAAAGAAACCCAAAAUAUCGAGACUAGACAGAAGAAACUGAAGACGGGUGUCGCUGGGAUUGUGGCAAGGAUAGUUGUCAAGGAAAACGAGGCCAUAGGUUCAAACCAACCCGCCGUCAUGAUCAAAGAAGAAUGCAAGCAUGAGCUUGUGUCGAUGGGCAUAUGCAACGAGUGCGAGGCCGAUGUGACCUUGUAA